GUGUGUCUGCUCUGUCUGAUUCCUCAUCACACGAUGGUGGACCGCGGGUACGACACGUCCUUCAGCCUACACGACACGACAUCCAUCAAUCAUCACAAGUCUGUUGGCUGAACUAACCGGAGUGAUGGGAUGGAUGGGACUGGGAAGUCGCUGUCGUGCUGGUACUCCUUCUCGUAACUGGCAACACACACACACACACACACACUCACACACACACCUGUCUGUCAUGCGGUGCACUCACUAGUAGGCGAUGGAUUUGCGUGCGUCCCUCUCAUAUCUCCUGCGCUCUUUCCUCUGCCUGGCCAGCUCCCGUGCCUUCUGCAUCGCGAGCGAGGGGCCCGGCUUGAACGCACCCAGAGGACGAUCCGCACCACCACUGCACACACAUGGCACACAUACAUCAAUCAGCCACCAUUGGUCCCUCCGUCCCUCUCUGCUAACUUGACGAAUGAGUUGUCAGCGACGAAUGGCCGGCCGUCGUAGCGCGUGAAGUCAAACCGACUCGCUGAUGAGGCGCGGCCGCCACUCGACUGACGCAGCACCUACAGCGAGCAAUGACACACACUGUGGAUGAGCUGCGGCUGUCUGCUGUGUGUGUUGGGAUACGCACCAUGGUGAGACAGAGGAGAAGCAGACACACGGCCAUCGUCACCCGGCGGCCUGGCACCAU